AUGGUGCAGUGGUUUGAGAAAUGCCAUCAACUGUGGAUCCACCAUGGCCUACAAUGGGACGAGACUAUGUUUACUCUCUCUGAAAACUUUUUAAACGCCUUAAUGGUGAUUCAUGAGUCUUGCAAAGAGGGAACUCACAAGGUCACAGAGUUUUUCCUGUAUCCUGUUGGACAGCUGGCUGUAGACCCAAGAAUAUACAUCCUGAUUCAGAAAGAGGCCAUUCGUAAAUAUAACUUGAUUCUGGACAAAAUCCCAGUGGAGUUUAAGGAAAACAGAAGAAUCUUAACAUCACAGGAGGGUUCAGAUAUAAUGUCCAAACUGGCUGCUCAAAUAUUGGAGGGUGGUGAUUAUGACUUGCAGUCGUCAUUGAUGGAAGCAUUGUGUAGAAUGGCUGUUCCUGGGCAGAGGAAGAAGCUAGCAGAUCGAUGGUUCAGCAUGGCACAUGUUGCCAGUGCUUUUGCUCAGAUCAAAGAUUCAGAGUUUGAGACGACUUGUCGCAGGUUUCUAAACAUGGUGAAUGGGAUGCAGGGAGACAAACGAAGAGUGUACUCUUACCCUUGUUUGGAAGUUUAUUUGGGAGAGUAUGAGCUGCUGAUGCCCUCAGAUGAGAAGCUUGAGGAAUUCUGGAUUGACUUCAAUCUCGGCAGUCACAGCAUCUCCUUCUACUUCUCCUUGCCUGAUGAAGAGGAGGGCCAUUGGGAAACAAUAUGCAUCACUGGGAAUGAAGUCCAAAGCUACACUGUCACAGAGGAGAGCAAGCAUCAAGUUUUGCAGAUAAAGCUGUCAGAGGUAGUGGUUGUUGGUUCAGUGGAGGGAUCCCAUCUUACCAUCCAUUUCAGCUCCUCUCUAGACAUUCUACAGGCUGCUAAAGCUGUCUAUGGACAAAGGAAAAGAAAACACACACAUGUAGUGAAAACAGCAGGUAAAACAAUGUUAGAAGAAAACAACACCCAGGUUGUUCCAGAAAGCCAGGUGUCCCUCAGUGAAAGUGAGAAAACUACAGCACCAAAUGUUUUAUCCACUCCAGCUGCAGCUGUACAAAUGUCGACCCCUGCCAAAAUAAGGAUGUCGGAAUCCAUUUCUUACAUUAGCAUCAGUGAAGGAGGAUCUGUGUAUAGUAACAGUUCUCUUUCCUCUUUAUGUACUUCAGACAAAAACAAGACCUCUCUGGAAAAGAUUUGUUCACGUGACCCAAGUGUUAAGAGCUGCAAAUAUAGCACAACACCAAGCAUCACAAAUGCAGUUGACAUUAAAGAGCAGAAGAUGCCACAGGCUGAAGCAGAACAUGUGGCUGUAUCUGAACAAGGAAAGAGUCAGGAGCACUACUUUAUACCUGACACACAACCCAAAGUGGGAUGUAACCCAUCUUCUACCUGGAGCAAAUUCUCAGUUUCUGAAAUGCUAAUGAUGCCAACACAGAAAAUUGGAUCUUUCCCAAGACCUGAGUCUGAUUCUAGAGUUGAGAGACAGCUGGAUCAACGUCCAUCCUCUGCACAGAAACUGUCAAUUUCAGACUCAAGCCUCAUUCUCCAAAAGCAGUUUCAUAGUGAAUUGACACAGCAACUGCAGCCACUCCUCAAUGAGCGAACCAAAGAUCCUCAAUACGAGGCAGCAACUGCCCUACAGAAAAAAAUGUCUAAUGCCAGAAGAAACUCGAAAGACCAAAGCUCUGAAAGCAUGCAUAACUCUUCAUUGCACUCACCUAAAGUGCAGCAGGUUCCAAAAAACUACCAAUGCAAAGAAGAAAGUAAAGGUCAGACGUCGCUGAAGGUAGACAUUGUUCCAACGAAAACUUCACUAAAGACAUGCGCAACCAAAACAGUGCAGGAGAGAAAAAUAUCCAGUAAUAAAGAGGACACUAAGGUUGAUCUUUCAAGCAAAGAAAAAAGAGAUGCAAAAGUUACUUCCAGCAUGGUAAAGCUCAUUUCUAGUCAUUAUGAAAUUCAAACCAGGUCUGCAGCAACAGAUUCUUCAGAAAAUACUGUCCAGAACUGGAUUCCUCCUCUUGUCAACAGACCAAUCUUCAACAUGAAGGCUUUUUCAUCUGGAAAAAACAAAAUGCCAAAAGGUGUGAGCUCAAGAAAGUCCUUUAACAAAACCACAAUAAAGUGUGUCACGCAGAGAAAAGACACAUUUUCAUUCAACAUUGAUUCACCCGUCUGCAUUGGGGUAGAGAACAAAAUUCUAAACAACACAUUAGACACAUCAAACAGUGACAUCCAGAUCUCUUCCACACGUCGCAAUACAACCAAGAAAGCACAACUGGAACCACUGGCCAAAAACAAGCGAUAUGUGAAAAAACAUCUGUUUAGCGACACAGACACAGACAAUGCUGUGACAGAAGUCAGCUGGCUGACGGAAUCUGCUAGGAAGUCCAAACCCCAAGUUACCAAAUAUACCAGACAGGCACUCCCCAAAUCCAAAGCCACCCCUCCUCAGUCUCCGGGCAAAUCCCCAAAUGUUCUCCCAGCUGCUCCAAAAGCAACAAAGGGCAAUAACAAGCAACGCAAAGCACUGACAAUGAAGCCUGUGGAAGAAGCGGCAGUGGCAGCACCCAGCGGACCACAUGCAGCUGGCAGGAGACCUAAGAGAGCAGCAGCCACUUCUACCAAAUGUUACCGAGAUCCAGAUACUGAUGGGAGCCAGUCUGAAACAGAGGAGGCUCAUGCAUCUAAGCGCUUGUCUGCUGACAAGCUGAAGAAUGAUGUGAAGAUUCAAGAAGCUACUCAGACCAAGAAGAAAACUGCCAGCAGACAGCAAACCAAAAUGAAGCCACAGCCUGCAUCAAAUACGCCAACAACCUCUAAGUUAGAGACAUGCCAUGAAGGGAAGCAAGAAAACCGUGAGAUCUGUUCAAAGGAUCCACAAGUUAAAAAGAGAAAAGGCCUCUCUGACCAGCCUGCAGAAAGCUGCAGAAGACGAGAUGAACGUAGUUGGUCAGAUCUGAAAAAACAAUCUGAUGUCAAGGUUAGGCCUGGAAAUGCUUUUCAAGAAACUUCAAAACUGAAUAAGAAAAAUGUCAUCCCUGACCGAGAACAAAUAAGUUCUUUGAAGGAUUCCUUGGCUGCCGGCCAAACCUCUUUCUGUCCAUCGCCUCCUUUCAUCGAACACAUGAGAACUGCUGAGAGGUCAGCCCCAGCCUUGCAUUUGACCUGCUCCACUGUCCUCACCCCAUGGGUAUCCCCACUCUCUGCCUCUCCUAAGCCUCCCUGCCAGGAAUCCCCCUCUCCCGUCCCGCUGCUACCCAAACCUCACUCGACAGUCAGCAGUAAAAGAAAAUGCAAACCAUCUUCCUUCUACAAAGCAGAAAAGAACAACAGCUCAUCCAAGACUAAGUUCAUCCAGUCUGUUCCCUCUCCCUGCUCAUCAAAAGGUCAAACCCCUGCACCCAGUCCUCCCACUGGACUGAGUGCAACAGAGAUGUGUGUAGACCAGCAGCAUCUGUCCUCCACACCUCAGGCUCUUUUACCUCCGUCCACACAGGCCCUAUUGACAUCCACUCUUCUUGAGCUGGACAAACCACCUGUCGCCUCGGCUUCUUCAUCACCCUUACCUGAAGACACUGUUAGCUACGGAUGCCACCUUGACUUCAGUAAAGUGUCUUCAGCAUCCCUGGCAUCACUGAGCCAUUCAUCCCCUAAGUCAUCAGUACCCAGCCGAAAACACAACAGCUCCUCUGCUUUCAUGAAUAAGUGUUUUAAAUCAGAGGAAACACCAGUUAAAGGGAACGACAUUGAACUUACACAGCCUCUUUACUCAGGACCAAGUCGUAAGCGUCAUGUAUCAUCCAGUAAUUCUGAGGAAGCUAAGAAGGAAAAGAACAAAAAAAGCAAGAUCAGAACGCAGCGUUCACCUCGAAUGAAGCCUAGGAAAUUGUUCAAGUCCUUUGCUGAGGCGUCUGCUUUGGAGGGACAGAGCAACAUAAGUUCCACUAACUGGGAGGAUGAAGUUGUGGAUGAAGACAUGGAGAUGAAUGAUGAGUUAAAUCUGCCAGAAAUUACUUUAAACCCAAACAGCCUUUGUCAGCAAAUGAACUCUGAGCUGAAAAACAAAUUCCAGAACCAUUGUAAAAUGAUGGAGAUCUACAAUAAGCAGUCUUUAAAGACGGUGCAACAACAUGUCUCUUCCAUUAAUGUGCAGCUUACUAAACACAGAACUCAGAGGCUUGAACAGGUUAAAAAGGUCAUCUUGGAAGAGAUCCACAUGAUGGAGCAGGAUGACGGCAUGCUGAACAAUAUGGAGAAAGAUCUGACUAUGAUGUGGAAAAAGCAGAUCAAGGCUUUCCAUUCUUACCAGAAGCAAGAAGUCUUGAGAAACGAUACAUUAAAGAGAACCCUCCAGGGCAGUGUGCAUCAGAGCCUUCAAUACGAGGAGGGAAUAUUCACAUCAGAGAUGGGGCUAAUAGGAACGGAGAUGAAAUCAGUUCAGGACAGACUCCUCAUUGAGAUGCAAGAGGGAGAGAUCCAGAGUGUGAAGCGAGGACUGCGGGCUUUGUUUUUCCCCUGA